GGCGCCUGUAGUCCCAGCUACUCGGGAGGCUGAGGCAGGAGAAUGGCGUGAACCCGGGAGACGGAGCUUGCAGUGAGCUGAGAUCGCGCCACUGCACUGCACUCCAGCACUCCAGCCUGGGCGACAGAGCCAGACUUCAUCUCAAAAAAAAAAGACACCGCUUUCUGAGGUGCUGUGUGGCUGUGGCGUGGUGGUGCCUGGGGGAAGCGGGUUGUGUUCAUUGUCCAAGGCUCUCCAGUGCUUUGCGUGGCGUUUUGGGGAGCAUAGAUGAGGUGUCCCGACAGUGGGGAGUGGCUCUAGGGAGACCAGAGGCUCGGGAGGGGGCCUGGGCAUUAGGCCAGGCACAGGACCCGAAGUGGGAAGAAAUGUGGGCGUAGAGGGCAGGCCUUGGGGAUGGGUGUGGGGGAGGAGGGGGAGAUGGAAAGGAGUCAGGGAGGUCUCCCAGGCUCACCUGGAGGAGUGAGGGUCUCAUUUACAAGUGCACUGGGAACUGCAGUCUGGAGGUGGGGGUUCAUUUGGUUUCAGACCUGUGACCAAGAGACCCACACCCUCACAUUCACACUUUCAGAAGUGUGAUACUCUCUCUGAAGCCUCCACCGGCUUCAGAGAUAGUUAUCAGCUCUUUGUUCUCGCUGGUUUUCCUUCCUCACCUUGGGCUGUUUCUUGCCUUUUCCAUUCUGGUGUUCUUCAAGGACCAGUUCCUUCAUCUCAUGCACAGUCUACACUCAUGGCUUUUGCUGGGAGUAAUGAGUAAAGCUCCCAAAUAAAUGUUUCUGAGUUAGAACACUGAAAACAAAAUGAAGCAAAAACAACGCAUUUCCAAUCUCCCAAGGUCACAUGAUGUCCAGAGGACAGUGAUGGGCAAUAACUUUUUGUCUUCCCCAUUAGAAUGCAAGCUCCACGAAUGGAACAUAGAGUUUUUUAUUUUUUAUUGUUUUUUGAGACAGUCUUGCUCUGUCGCCCAGGCUGGAGCAAUCUUCGCUCACUGCAACCUCCAUCUUCUGGGUUCAAGCAAUUCUCCUGCCUCAGCCUCCUGAGUAGCUGGGUCUACAGGCGUGCGCCACCACGCCCAGCUAAUUUUUGUAUUUUUAGUAGAGACGAGGUUUCAUAACGUUUGCCAGGCUGGUCCGGAACCCCUGAGCUCAGGCAAUCUACCCGACUUGGCCUCCCAAAGUGCUAGGAUUACAGGUGUGAGCCACUACACACAGCCAGAACAUAGAGAUUUUUUAUGUUUAAUUCACAACCGAGUCUUCAGUGCCUAGAACAGGUGCUCAGUAAAUAUUUAUUGAAGGAAUGAAUUCCUUUUUGUAUCUCUUGUAUCUAUCACCAGAUACUCUUGUAUCUAGUACCUGCUUGGCAUACAGUAGAUAGAAAGUUUUGCUGAGUGAAUAGCUCUGCCUUUCGUCUUUUUUGAUAUGUGUACAUCUUUUAAAAAAUAAUGAAUAGACUUUUAGAGCUGUUUUAGUUUACAGCAAAACUAAGAAGAAAAUAUCCCCUUCUACAAACAUCCUGGACCGUACAGCCUCCCCUACCAUCAACAUCCUGCAUUAGUGUGGAAUAUUUGUUAUACCCAAUGAACCAACAUAGAUUCAUGGUUACAAAAAUGAACCAAUAUGGACAAAACUUAUACAUUAUCAGCCAAAGUCCAGAGUUCGUUAGGUUUUGCUCUUUGUGUAUAUUCAAGAUAAUUUGACAAAUGUAUAAUGAAAUGUACCCAACACUGUAAGAUCAGACUCCACUGCCCUAAAUAUCCCUUGUGCUCCACCUAUCCAUCCCUCCUUCCCUGCAAAUCCCUGGCAACCACUGAUCUGUUUUACUAUCUCCAUAGUUUUUCCUUUUCCAGAAUGUCACAUAGUUGGAAUCAUGCAUUAUGUAGUCUUCUCACAUUGGCUUCUUUCACUUAGAUUUAUACAUUUAAGAUUGCUCCAGGAUUUUUUUUUUUUUUUUUUUUUUGUGGCUUCAGAGCUCAUUUUUUUUUAGCACUUAAUAUUCCAUUGUAUAGAUGUACCACAGCUUAUCUGUCCACCCAUUAAAUGACAUCUUGGAUGCCCUCAAGUUUUGGCAAUUAUGAAUAAAACUGCUAUAGACAUUCUUGUACAGGUGUUUGUAUGGGCACAAGCUGUCAACUCGUUUGGGUAAAUACUAAGGUGUGGAGUUGCUUCAUCUUAUUGUAAGAAGAGCUUGGUUAAGAAAUUGCCAAAAUGUCUUCCAAAGUGACUCUAACAUUAGGCAUUCCCACUAGGAAUGUAUGAGAGUUCCUUGUACUCCAGAUCCUCAUCAGCAUUUGGUGUUGUGAGUGUUCUUUAUUUUAGCCAUUCUAAUAAAUGUGUAAUAGUAUUUCAAUUUUUUUAAAUUGCAAUUCUUUAAUGACCUAUGAUAUUGAGCAUCUUUUCAUAUGCAUAUACAUAUGGUGAGGUGUCUGUUCAGAGCUUUUGCCCACUUUUAAUCAGGUUGCACAUUUCCAUAUUGUUGCAUUUUAAGAGGGUUUUUUUUGGUAUAUUGUGGGUCACAGUCCUUUAUCAGAUACGUCUUUUGCAAAUAUUUUCUCCCAGUCUGUGGCUUGUGUUGUGAAUGUGGCUCGUUCUCCUGACAUACAUAUCUUUUUACAGUAUGUAAUCCUGUUGUGCUUUUUUUUUUUUUUCCUUUUGAGGCGGAGUCUUGCUCUUGUCACCCAGGCUGGAGUGCAGUAGUGCGAUCUCGGCUCACUACGAUCUCCACCUCCCAGGUUCAAGCAAUUCUCCUGCCUCAGCCUCCCGAGUAGCUGGGAUUGCUGGUGCCUGCCACAACGCCCAAUUGAUUUUUGUAUUUUUUACUAGAGACGGGGUUUCACCAUGUUGGCUAGGCUGGUCUCGAACUCCUGACCUCAAGUGAUCCGCCCGUCUAGGCUUCCCAAAGUGCUGGGAUUACAGGAGUGAACAACCGCGCCCGGCCUGAUGUGCAUAUAAUUUUAUUACUUGGUUUUUAAUAUAACAUGAAUAGCAUGCAGUUCCAAUUUUGCUCGAGACUUCACAAUUACCAUUUUAAAGGGCUGCAAAAUAACCACAUUUCCUCCUCGACAGCCCCACUUCACAGAUGAAGGGAGAGGAAUGCUAACUUGCCAAUGCUAACCCGCAGAGCUCCGAAUCCUCGGGGUAGGGGCCCCGCUGUAAUCCACCCAGUGCUUCCCUCCAGGCCCUUCUCCCUCUCGUGCGCGCGGGGGUUUCGGUUUCCUCUUUCACGUAGGCCGCCCCACUCGCUUGAAAACAAAGUCCGCGAUCCUCUAGCCCGCAAGAGAGCUCCGGGACUCAGACCCUGGGCGCGAGGUCCCACGAGCGGCGGGGCGGCGCUCUCGCAGUCCUCCUCCCAGGCAAGGGCCGGGGCAGGGGGAGGAGGCAGUGCGAGCAGUCCACGCCCUCCAGCCGGGCGCACUCGACGCGGACGGCGGACGGCGGGUCAGCUGCCGGAGCGCGGCGAGUCCAGAGGACCCACAGCUGGGGCGCCAGAGCGCGGCCAUCCGGGCGGGGCCGAGGGAGCGCGGCGGGACUUGGCUGGACAGCGCGGCCACGGAGACGGGCGCGGUGAGCGGGCUGGGACCGUGCGGGGAACACUCCGGAGGCCGCCACGCUCAGUCCUGGUGACCCCCUGGUCGGGGUUCACGCGCUCUCCCCCAGCACGCCCCGGCAAGGCUGCCGCGGCGUCAGAGUAAUCCCCAACCCUCCGCCGCCGCUUCUUCCCUCACCCGGGCCUCCUGACGUUUGCCGUGGAAACGAAAGUAACUCUCUGGUGCUUGCGUGGAGGCCGGGGCGGCCGCGGGCUUCCCGGAAGGAGAGGGACUCUACCCCGGGUGCGCGCGGCGCGGGCCCCGCCCGUACCGGAAGUCGGGCGGUGGGCGGGGCCGCGGGCGCUCCCGGAAGUCAGGGGUGCUCCGCUCUGUCUCUGCUUAUCCGGAGUCCGCUGGCCGCUUCUGCACCAGAGGUCGGGGCGCUGGACUGGUAGCGGGCGGAGACCUGCCUUCGAGCCGCGGUUACGGCGUGAGGGUAGAAUAGGCAGUCCCACACGCCAUUAAUGUUGUUUUGGUGGAGAAGGGUACGGCUCUGCCGGGGGGGGAAAGUGGUACCAUUUUGGGCGUUCUUGAGCUUCAGAAUGCAACAAGACAUGUCCUUGAAUGUCAUCAAGAUGAAAUCCAGUGACUUCCGGGAGAGUGCAGAACUGGACAGCGGAGGCUUCGGGAAGGUGUCUCUGUGUUUCCACAGAACCCAGGGACUCAUGAUCAUGAAAACAGUGUACAAGGGGCCCAACUGCAUUGAGCACAAUGAGGCCCUCUUGGAGGAGGCGAAGAUGAUGAACAGACUGAGACACAGCCGGGUGGUGAAGCUCCUGGGCGUCAUCAUAGAGGAAGGGAACUACUCCCUGGUGAUGGAGUACAUGGAGAAGGGCAACCUGAUGCACGUGCUGAAAGCUGAGAUGAGUAUCCCGCUUUCUGUAAAAGGAAGGAUAAUUGUGGAAAUCAUUGAAGGAAUGUGCUACUUACAUGGAAAAGGUGUGAUACACAAGGACCUGAAGCCUGCAAAUAUCCUUGUUGAUAAUGACUUCCACAUUAAGAUCGCAGAUCUCGGCCUUGCCUCCUUUAAGAUGUGGAGCAAACUGAGUAAUGAAGAGCACAAUGAGCUGAGGGAAGUGGACGGCACCUCGAAGAAGAAUGGCGGCACCCUCUACUACAUGGCACCCGAGCACCUGAACGACGUCAACACGAAGCCCACAGAGAAGUCGGAUGUGUACAGCUUUGCUGUAGUACUCUGGGCGAUAUUUGCAAAUAAGGAGCCAUAUGAAAAUGCUAUUCGUAAGCAGCAGUUGAUAAUGUGCAUAAAAUCUGGGAACAGGCCAGAUGUGGAUGACAUCACUGAGUUCUGCCCAAGAGAAAUUAUCAGUCUCAUGAAGCUCUGCUGGGAUGCGAAUCCGGAAGCUCGGCCGACAUUUCCUGGCAUUGAAGAAAAAUUUAGGCCUUUUUAUUUAAGUCGAUUAGAAGAAAGUGUAGAAGAGGACGUGAAGCGUUUAAAGAAAGAGUAUUCAAACCAAAAUGCAGUUGUGAAGAGAAUGCAGUCUCUUCAACUUGAUUGUGUGGCAGUACCUCCAAGCCGGUCAAAUUCAGCCACAGAACAGCCUGGUUCACUGCACAGUUCCCAGGGACUUGGGAUGGGUCCUGUGGAGGAGUCCUGGUUUGCCCCGUCCCUGGAGCAACAGCAAGAAGAGAAUGAGCCCAGCCUGCAGAGUAAACUCCAGGACGAAGCCAACUACCAUCUUUAUGGCAGCCGCAUGGACAUGCAGACGAAACAGCAGCCCAGACAGAAUGUGGCUUACAACAGAGAGGAGGAAAGGAGACGCAGGGUCUCCCAUGACCCUUUUGCACAGCAAAGACCUUAUGAGAAUUUUCAGAAUACAGAGGGAAAAGGCACUGCUUAUUCCAGUGCAGCCAGUCAUGGUAAUGCAGUGCACCAGCCCUCAGGACUCACCAGCCAACCUCAAGUACUGUAUCAGAACAAUAGAUUAUAUAGCUCACAUGGCUUCGGAACAAGACCACUGGAUCCAGGAAUAGCAGGUCCCAGAGUUUGGUACAGGCCAAUUCCAAGUCAUAUGCCUAGUCUGUAUAAUAUCCCAGUGCCUGAGACCAGCUAUCUAGGAAACGCACCCACCAUGCCAUUCAGCUCCUUGCCACCAACAGAUGAAUCUAUAAAAUGUACCAUAUACAAUAGUACUGGCAUUCAGGUUGGAGCCUACAAUUAUAUGGAGAUUGGUGGGACGAGUUCAUCACUACUAGACAACACAAAUAUGAACUUUAAAGGAGAGCCAGCUUCUAAGUACCAAGCUAUCUUUGGUAAUACCACUAGUCUGACGGAUGAACAUCUGGACCCAAUCAGAGAAAAUCUGGGAAAGCACUGGAAAAACUGUGCCCGUAAACUGGGCUUCACACAAUCUCAGAUUGAUGAAAUUGACCAUGACUAUGAGCGAGAUGGACUAAAAGAAAAGGUUUACCAGAUGCUCCAAAAGUGGGUGAUGAGGGAAGGCAUUAAGGGAGCCACAGUGGGGAAGCUGGCCCAGGCGCUCCACCAGUGUUCCAGGAUCGACCUUCUGAACGACUUGAUUUACGUCAGCCAGAACUAACCCUGGAUGGGCUACGGCAGCUGAAGCGGACGCUUCACUUAGUGAAUAACCCCAGAAAGCUGGCUGCCUCAGAGCAUUCAGAAUUCUGUCCUCACUGAUAGGGGUUCUGUGUCUGCAGAAAUAUUGUUUCCUGUACUUCAUAGCUGGAGAAUGGGGAAAGAAAUCUGCAGCAAAGGGGCCUCACUCUGUUGCCCAGGCUGGUCUCAAACUUCUGGACUCAAGUGAUCCUCCCACCUCGGCCUCCCAAAGUGCUGGGAUAUUAGGCAUUGAGCCACUGCGCCCAGCCAACAAUCCGCUCUGAGGAAAGCGGAAGCAGGCAGACCUCUUAAUGGCGUAGUACCAAUAAAAAAAAUGACUCCUAACUGUUUGGAAAGGGAGAGAAGAGAUGUCUCAGGGAGGUCAUUUUCUUUCAGCUUAUGGCAUUUCCUAGAGUUUUGUUGAAGCAAGAAGAAAAACGCAGAGAACAUAAAAUCAACUUUUAAAAUUGUGUGCUCUCUUCUUCACGUAGGCUCCUGUUAUAAACGAAGUGUAGUAAAAUUCUAAGCCCCGUUCAGAGACUUUUUGGAUCACAACUGCAGCUCACUGCCACAUUACAGGGUCUGUUAACAUUAAUAUCAAACACUGUAUCAGUCACUCUAGGCUCUAAGAAUCACAUGCAGUCUUCAGUCCAUUAAAUUAUUGAUUAUUUUUUAAAUUAA